GUUUCAUGUUGUUUCAUUUUCAUUUACUACAUCAUAGUGAAUGCUUUGUUUUAUAGUACUUUGCGACUUCAGAAGCGGCUGGCAGCCAGUGUCCUUAAAUGCGGAAAAAAGAAGAUUUGGUUGGAUCCUAAUGAAACUAAUGAAAUUGCUAAUGCCAACUCGCGUGAGUGUUUAUUUCUGUUUUUGAGCCUUGUUUAACCCUUCUCAAGAAAGCCCUUAUGAAAAGAAAAUCCAGUGUUUGUCAAGUGGUGAUCAAUGUCAAGUAGUCGUGAUAAAGAAAACCUGAAUUUGUUUCCAACAUUCAGGCUGGAUUUGUUCCUAAGAUGAUGAGUGCAAAAACAUCCAAAAGCUAGUUACCAUGACAACUCAUGUGCUCUGUUUGUUGUUAACUCAGGAGUACUGCUAGCGGUGCUUUUAACAACUUGGCCUUGUUGAAUAUUAAGCUGUUUUGAAAUUGGACAGUCCUUUUAUCAUUAACAUUUCAAUUUUUUUUUUUUUUUUUUUUUAAACCUAUUUUGUAAUGCAUACCCAACUGUCACUUUGACGUCAGUAGCAGUAUUUUUCUUUUACCAUGGAAACCUUGUCAGAGCAACAGCAUAGUUUGGUUGCAUGAAUUUAAAGCAAGUUUGAUAAGGGAUGAAGAUAUCUAAUGAGAUAUAGGAUUAAAUGAUUCAUUUCUUUUGCAUUUUUAGGCCAAAAUAUUCGUAAACUUGUCAAAGAUGGUCUGAUCAUCAAGAAACCAACAAUUAUCCAUAGCCGUGCUCGUGUGCGCAAGGCUGAUGAAGCCAGAAAGAAGGGUCGACACAGCGGACAUGGUAAAAGAAAAGGUACUGCCAAUGCACGUAUGCCUGAAAAGGUCAUCUGGAUGAGGCGUAUGCGAGUGCUGAGAAGGCUGCUGCGAAAAUAUAGAGAAGCUAAAAAGAUUGAUAACCACAUGUACCACACCCUUUACAUGAAGGCCAAGGGAAAUGUGUUCAAGAACAAGAGAGUAUUAAUGGAGUACAUCCACAGGAAGAAGGCUGAAAAGCAGCGUGCCAAACUUCUCAGGUAGGAACUUCUUUUACAUGUAGUGUUUGUAAUAAUAUAUUAUACUGUAGUACUUUUCUGUAGUAUUGUAUUUUACUGUGGUGGAUUGUUCUUAUCUCAUCAACUAAGCAUUGCAACACGCUUUUCGUAUUUGCAGGGUUUAUAUGCGUCUUGAAAACCCUUGAAUUUUAGAGCCCUUUUUCAAGGCCUUGAAAGUCCUUGAAAUUCUCCUUCAUUCAUUUUAAUCCUUGAAAGUCCCUGAAUUUGUCAAAGAACAUUUUCAAACCCUCACAAAACUUUGGAAAAUACCAAUUUGAAGCUAACAGAGUAAAAUAGGCAUUGAGAAAAUGAAAGUCAGGUAUGGACUUACAAAUGAGUUUUCAUUAGAAAUGGUUGCCCCUAAGAACAAAAGCCUAUCAUUAUCGGAUUUUAUUCAUAGUUUAUUUGGAACGUGUGGAAAGUCUUUAAAAGUCAUUGAAAAAUCUUGAAUUUUAUAUGGGAAGGAGUGUACCCUGUAAUUUAGUACUCGGAGACUUUGUUUAUUAUUAUUUCCUACCUUUAAGAACAGAUGCCAGGGCUCGAAAUUGCAACUCACUGGUCGCCAAUGCGACUAAAAUUUGGGUUCUGGCGACUACAUUUUAAGACCUGGUCGCCAGUUGGCGAGUCAUCUUCUGUUUCAGUAAGAUAACCCCUUGUCCCACAUUUCUAAUUAGUAUGUGUAAUCAAAUGGUGACGAGUGAAAUUAGGGAGUUCGAGUUAUCAAGGGUUUGAGUUACCGACAGUAAAAUACAGUGAAUGUAUGACGGAAAUCCAAAGGAAAUCGAUUUUGGUUCGAGUUAGCGCGAGGUUCGAGUCAGCAAGGGUUCGAGUUAUCGGGAGUUGACUGUACGAAAUAUGGGCUCAGAGCAAAGGGGGCAAAGGGACUGCACUGUGCAAGCUCAAAAAAUUGGAAGUGUCCCAAGUUUUUUAGACUGGGAUUGUAGAGGCACAUUCAUUUACUGCUCAUGUUAUCUGUUAACAAUCACGUUUCCUUGGAUUUGUGUCUGCAAGACAUCAUUGAUCUUUUUGGCCUAGUCUUUUAGUUGCGUAAUGUCUAACUAUUGCACACUAUUAAGCCGGCCUUGCCUUCUUCUUAUGAAGGAUGGGUGACUAAGUGUGCAAACAACAACUAAGGAGUUUUUCUGACUGAUCUGAGAUUGCAUUAUCUGUGAUUGACUUCAGUCCUGGGCUCCUCUCACAUACUUCUGCCACGUACUUUCUAUAACAAACUAUUUGUUAGCAAAGCACAGUCAGGCAAGCUAUAGAUUAGCCUGUGUCACAGACUGAAAUAAACAGUUACUUCUGGUUAAGUCCAUUUGCAAAACGGCGCUGAUCCUUGUGCUGGGCUUUCACUUGUGUAGCAGGAUUUGAGCACGCACCAUGAUUGGCCUGUUAAACAAGCCAUUGUUAAUUUGCCAAUCACGUUAAAAGGAAAUUCAAAACGCGUCUGGUAAUUUGUUGAGUCCGCUGGGGGAGGAGAACAAAGAUAUCGGUGCUGCUUCGCAGACAUUAGUAACCAGGUUUAGAUUACAUCUGCAGUGAAGGCUAUUUAUGGAUUAGAUAACCUUUUUAAUACUAAGGAUUUAAUGGAAUAACAUUUAAAACUGUAAAUUUAUUUUAUCAGAAGUUAUAACGCCUCCAAAUUAACCAGUUCUGACAAACUUUUGUUUGGUUACAGUGAUCAAGCUGAGGCUCGCAGACAGAAGAACAGGGCAGCCAAACAGAGGCGUGAAGAACGCCAGGAGCAGAAAAGAAAAGAGAUGAUCCAACAAUUUGCCAAGGAGGAAGAGGCAGCUAAAUAA